AUGGAACACAAGGAUGAGAAAAAGCAAUCACCUGAGAAUCAAGACGGAAGGAGGACAACCCCACAAGCGGAUAAUAUUCCGGCGACAAGCCAACAGCCGGCGUCAGCGGACCCGACUUCAGAAGACACCAGUCAUAUACCCCUACAGCGCCCAUGGACAGACCGCGAACACGCCAUCGACGAUUUUCUAAAAAAGGUGCACUUGUGGAAAGCGAAGCCAGAUAAAGCGGACGCGCUAGAACGUUGGUCCACACAACCUAUGUCAGACGGACCAUAUCAAAACAUGAACUCGGUCGUCCCCAAGACGCAAACCGAGCCACCUAACGCCUCUGACGAUCACUUGCCAAAACAACCGGCGCCCGUCAGCGACACGGCAGCAACAUCCGGAUCAGGUAUAGAAAAGACUGGUGAAAAGGAGUAA